AUGCCGCUGGAUACGGGCAGGAUAUCCCAGCCAGACAGUAGCAGCAGCCGCCGGGUUCCCAGCGAGCCCUCCUUCACAGUGCAUUCGCAGACUCGUACGUUUAGAGAUUCCCCGGUGCCGUCAGACUUUCGCCCGACGUUGCCCGCCGGCUCCAGCGCCGGCUCCCGGGUCGGAAGCCACGAUGACUUCAUCUUCCCGUCCCCCGUCUCCCCGUUUUCUUUACAGGAGCAGUCUCUGUACGGCUUCCCGUCCGUCGCGCUGCCUCCAGCAUCGGCGAGCACGAUCUACCAGCCCGACAACCGCGACGACGACGAUGACGACUACGACGACGACACGCAGGCCCAGCCCGACGACGACUGGCAGCCUCCCGACGACGAGGCGCCCGAUGCCGAACUGUCGAUGCCGCCGUACGCGUGCGGCCACGCCGGCUGCCACAAGUCCUUUAGACGCCCCCACCCUGCCCCGGGCGCCGUCGCUGACCGGGAGCGCUGA